CAACCGUAUAUACCGAAAGAGUGAAUGGGAGCAGUGGAGGUCUGAGAGUUUUCCACUUUAUCCUGUUGAAGUCAAACUCAUUACUGUAACCGUGUAGCAGUACUGUUUCUGGGAUUUCUACCAAGCGGCUGAAGAAUUCACAUGGCGGCUGUUAGCGGUAUGAGCAGAAUAUAUGGGUUAUGUCGUCAUGCUGUUCGGCAAACGGCUGCACUGAAGACGCCGAGGCUGCUGCAGCGUCGGUCCUUCAUAGUUACUGCUGUACAGCAGCAGCCCUUUGACUCGUCUCUGGAAAAGCCCCAGUUUCCUGGCGCCUCAGCAGAGUUUGUGGACCGUCUUGAAUUCAUUCAGCCCAAUGUUAUUUCUGGGAUUCCCGUGUACCGGGUGAUGGACAGGCAGGGCAACAUAAUCAACCCCUCUGAGGACCCCCAGCUCUCCAAAGAGACGGUUCUAAACUUCUACCAGAAAAUGACGCUGCUGAACACGAUGGACCGGAUUCUCUAUGAGUCUCAGAGACAGGGUCGAAUCUCCUUCUACAUGACCAACUACGGAGAGGAGGGGACGCACAUCGGCAGCGCUGCAGCUCUCGAGUCUAAUGAUUUGGUUUUUGGUCAAUACAGAGAAGCUGGAGUGCUGAUGUACCGCGGUUUCCCCCUGGAUCUGUUCAUGGCUCAGUGCUACGCCAACGCCGACGACCUUGGGAAGGGCCGCCAGAUGCCUGUCCACUACGGCUGCAAAGAUCUGCACUUCGUCACCAUCUCGUCUCCUCUGGCCACACAGAUUCCUCAGGCGGCGGGAGCUGCGUAUGCGCUGAAGAGGGAGAACAUGAACCGCGCGGUGAUCUGUUACUUCGGGGAGGGAGCAGCCAGCGAAGGGGACGCACACGCCGGCUUCAACUUCUCAGCGACCCUCGAGUGUCCGCUGAUCUUCUUCUGUCGCAACAACGGCUACGCGAUCUCCACCCCGACCAACGAGCAGUACAGAGGCGACGGCAUCGCUGCUAGAGGGCCUGGUUAUGGCAUGCUGUCCAUCCGUGUCGAUGGAAACGACGUGUUCGCCGUCUACAACGCCACAAAGGAAGCGCGGCGCAGGGCUGUGGCUGAAAACCAGCCUUUCCUUAUCGAGGCGAUGACUUACAGAAUCGGGCAUCACAGCACCAGCGACGACAGCUCGGCCUACCGCUCCGUGGACGAGGUGAACUACUGGGACAAGCAGGACCACCCCAUCUCCCGGCUCAGGCACUACAUGACGGCGCGCGGCUGGUGGAGCGAGGACGACGAGCGCAGCUGGAGGAACCAGUCACGCAAGACUGUGAUGGAGGCGUUUGAGAAGGCGGAGAGGCGCCUGAAGCCCAACCCAGAGCUGCUGUUUACCGACGUCUACCAGGAAAUGAACCCCACCCUCGCCAAGCAGAGAGAGUCCCUGUUCAGGCACAUCCAGCAGUACAAAGAGCACUACCCCCUCGACCUGUACGAGAAAUAACCGCCAUAUGCAAUAGUGUGUGAGGACUGGAAGUAGCUGCACACCACAUGCUGUGUUCAUGUAACAGUUUUGAUGUGUCAUUGCACAUUCUGCACAUGUGCUUUCAAAACAAAUGAUUUCUAAUGGUUUUUGGUGCCUUAUGGUAGACAAAAGGCACAUUUUACCUAAAUGAAAUGGUUUCUUUUAGGGCCGGGCGAUAGAUUUAAUUUUCUUUCACAUGUUGCGUUUCCAUAGUUCAGUGUGACGUCAUCGUGCCCGGGGCGGCCAUCUUGUUAUACAACUUGAAUUCAGGUCAGCUCUACAACAGAACGUCAGGGCCGGGCUACGAUUUUCUUUAUUUAACUACUAAAAUUACUAGAAUUUAAGACAGAAAAAAUGAUAAUAAUGACAUAAUAUUGCCAGAAUAAUUGUUGUAA